CCUAUCUGCGCAUGUGCAAGCCUUCCCUUGCUUUCCUCUUCCAAGUAGCUUUGACUAAAACUGAGCCUCCCGCGCGAUCUCUGUGCGCCUGCGUACUGUGACCCUGCGCAGCCCGGGAGGCGGGCCUUAGCUCCUAGGUGCGUAUGGCAGCUGAGGUGGCGAAACUUCGAGUUCUGGGGAGAGGGUGCCGGAUCCAGGUGUAGAGAGGGGCGGUAUCAAGGCGAGAAGAGCGGGUCCGCCCCCUCCCGCCUGGAAAGUGGUUUCUGCCGGUCCCUGGGAACACCGGAGUACCGGAUCUCGAUCCGUGGGGGCGGGGUCCUUGGAGGGGACGGAGCGCCCCCUCUUGGGAACAGGCGGUCUAUCCGCAGGGACUGCUGUUGGAGCCUGAUUGGUUAGAGAGACAUUCCCUAAACCCCUGGGGAGCCCAACCCUUGGGGUUGGGGGAUCCCCAGCUCAGUACUCCAGCAUCUCCUAUCAUCGCAGGGCCCCUUCCCUAGUGACAUAUGUCCCUUGUCCGGGGCCAUGGAGACAUUGCAGUCACCACGGCGGCGCCUCUGUCUGAAGAAGGGGAAGUGACCUCCGGCCUCCAGGCUCUGGCCGUGGAGGAUACCGGAGGCCCCUCUGCUUCGGCCGAUCAAGCCGAGGAAGAGGGGGAAGGAGGCCGGGAGGAGGCUGAGCAUGAGGGGUCCGGGGCCGAGGAGGUGCAGGGAGAAGCCCCCAGCACUGAGGGGGAAGAGCAUGCCAAGGGAGAAUCCGAGGACUGGUGCGUGCCCUGCAGCGAUGAAGAGGUGGAGCUGCCCGCGGAUGGGCAGUCCUGGAUGCCACCCCCCUCGGAAAUCCAAAGGCUCUAUGAACUGCUGGCUGCCCACGGUACCCUGGAGCUACAGGCUGAGAUCCUACCCCGCCGGCCACCCACACCUGAGGCCCAGAGUGAAGAGGAGAGAUCCGAUGAGGAGCCAGAGGCCAAAGAGGAGGAAGAGGAAAAACCGCACAUGCCCACAGAAUUUGACUUUGAUGAUGAGCCAGUGACACCAAAGGACUCCCUGAUUGACCGGAGACGCACCCCAGGAAGCUCAGCCCGGAGCCAGAAACGGGAAGCGCGCCUGGACAAGGUCCUCUCAGACAUGAAGCGACACAAGAAGCUGGAGGAGCAGAUCCUUCGUACUGGCAGGGACCUCUUCAGCCUAGACUCAGAGGAUGCCAGCCCCACCAGCCCCCCGCUCCGGUCCUCAGGAAGUAGUCUCUUCCCCCGGCAGCGGAAAUACUGA